AUGUCGCCGCUCGACUCAAGAAGCAUUGAUGGAGCACAGCAGGAACGGCGCCAGCAGGCGGGAGGCGGGCGGACGGGAAAUGCCCACGUUGGGGCUGUCUUCACGCUGGCCGGUAAAAAAAGCGGCCUCAGUCUUGGCCCUGGCAUUGUGGGGUUUUGGGCUCGUGGUGGUGCAGUCAAAGUGGUUCGCACGGUGCGCCCAACCAAAGGCAUAAAGCGAGGGAUUUUAACGCAUGGCGACACCACGGCACCACCACCCCAGGACGACGAACUGCAACCUCAGGGCCGUGCACAAAGAACAGAACCCAAGCUCGUCCCGAGACGGGCCGAGUCGGAUUUUGGCUGGCAGACGCAGAUAAAAGUGCCGCUUUCGAACAACUCACCCACUGUAACCAACCAAGGCUGGCCGGCCAAGGAUGGCGUCUCAGGGCGGCCGAAGGAGGACGGGACGGAUCCCGCAGCAGGAUUUCAAUGCCCCGCGGGAAUCGCGAGAAUGCCUUGGCUUUACUCUGUGGUUGGCAUUAACACGAUCCGUGUUUCACAGUCGGGCGCGCUAGCCGACGAAAGCGGGAAUUCACUCGAACAUUCGGCCGCCGUCCCUGAUCUGGCCACCUUUUGCGACCUGCAGAGGCCGACGGCAAGCCAUCGCUUCCAAUUGGUGCUGAUCCAACAACUCGAAUCCCACCGACCCAACCCACCUGCACGCCAGCCAUCACGCAUCCACCACCCGCGCAAACUCGACGUCGGCGAGCAGCCUUGCCAUGGCCCCGCUUUCCAUGCCUACCUGGACAUCAAGCCUGCCGCCGUCCUCGGCCCGCCGCCGCCGCAGGAUGGCCAAGGCGCCGUCAGCCCCAUCCCCCGGCGCGCGUAA